UUUUUUGUCUACGAAGAUGGACCAUUGUCUUUUCAAUUUUAGAAAUAUUACAGAUCGAAGUUUCAUACAUCUUCUUCUCCUCUAGAUUUUCACAGCUUCACAAAAUUAGAACUCUCUCCUAAAGCAAUGAACAAACUAGAGGAACUGAUUUUUAUCCCCUUACCGGGGAUGGGCAACCUUGUACCAAUGGUGGAGACGGCCAAGACCCUGGUCGACCGAGACCAACGUCUCUUCAUUACAGUUCUCAUCAUGAAUCUUCCCUCUGUGGCGGAGCUCGCUGCAUACAUUGACGACCUCGUCGCCACCUCAGCCACAUCGGAAGAACGAAUCAAAUUCAUCGAUCUUUCGAAGCUCGACGGCUACGACCCCUCGGCCGAGAGCAACCCCGGCAUGUUGAAGAGCUUGUUCAUCGAGAAUCAAAAGCCUCACGUGAAAAACGUCGUAGCUGAGCUCAUUAGAUCGAAAGCAGGCGACCCCAACUCGUCAAGACUCGCUGGAUUCGUCGUCGACAUGUUCUGCACCGUAAUGAUGGACGUGGCGGCCGAGUUUCGGGUUCCGGCGUACGUGUACUACGCUUCUGGCGCUGCGUUUCUCGGCCUCAUGUUCCAUUUCCAAGCUCUUUACGAUGAUGAUGGCGUAGACCCAACUGAGUUCGAGGACGAUCCCGUUGCUGAGUUCGCGGUGCCGAGUUUCGUUGAGCCGGUUCCAGCCACGUCGUUGCCGAAAGAGCUGGUGUUGAAGGGCCGGCCUCCGUUGCUAUUUUAUCACACCAGAAAGACGAGGGAGGCUAAGGGUAUACUUGUAAAUUCGUUUACGGAGCUUGAAACUCACGCGCUUCGUUCUCUUUCCGCCGGUUAUAAAGCUCCACCGGUGUACCCCGUAGGACCCAUAAUAAGGUUUUCAUCAGUUCGUGGGACCGGCGGCUUUGCUGACAUCAGCAAGUGGCUCGACGAUCAACCUCUUUCGUCGGUAGUGUUCUUGUGUUUCGGGAGCAAGGGAAGCUUCCGUGAGACUCAGCUGAAAGAGAUCGCCUGUGCGCUGGAGCAUAGUGGGGUUAGAUUCUUGUGGUCCCUACGUCGCUAUCCACCGCGAGAUAAGAAGAAAAAUACAGUGACGUAUGCAUCUCCACAAGAAUAUUCCAAUCCAAGGGACGUUUUGUCUUCGGAGUUUUUUGAUCGUACGGCUGAAAGAGGAAAGGUCAUAGGAUGGGCCCCACAAGCGGAGGUGUUGGCUCACCCAGCAAUCGGAGGGUUCGUGUCGCAUUGUGGUUGGAAUUCUACGUUAGAAAGUAUAUGGUUCGGGGUACCCAUGGUCAUGUGGCCACUCCAUGCGGAGCAACAUUUGAAUGCGUUCGAGUUGGUGAAGGAGCUUAGAUUAGCGGUUGAGAUUAAGUUGGACUACAAGAGUUAUUUUUAUGGUGAAGUGAGUGAUGAUGAUGAUGAUGGUGUUGUGAGAUGGGAAGAGAUUGAGAGUGGGAUAAGAAGGUUGAUGGAGCAUGAUAGUGAAAUAAGGAAGAGGGUAAAAGAGUUAAGUGAAAAGAGCAAAAGGACAGUUUUGAAGGGUGGGUCGAGUUACUCUUCUAUGGACCUUUUUAUCAAUGAUGUGAUUGGUAAUUGUACAUGAUUUGUUCCUUCACAGUCUAAGUUUUUAAUUACUAAUAAAUGUAGUACAAUGUUUACCUACCA